AUGAAGACUGCCCUCUUCUCCUUGUUCCUGCUGGUCUUUGUUGGUCUCGCGGCGGCUUGGUCGAAAGAAGAUUAUGAAAUCUUCCGACUCCGCGAUGAGCUGGUCACUGCUGAAGGUGCCAACGUGACCUUUUAUGACUUCCUCGAGAUUCGUCCCAAUGCCAAUCAAGAUCAAAUCAUCAAGGCCCAUCGCCAAAAGUCGCGAAACCUGCACCCUGACAAGGUUCGCCGCACCUUCAUUGCCAACUACUCCAAGGACAAGUCCAAGGCCAAGUCCGCCAACGGUGUCAACGUGAACAAAGGCCCCUCGAAGCGGGAGGUGGACGCUGCUGUCAAGGCGGCCAAUGCUCGCUCGGCACGACUGAACCUCGUCGCCAAUGUGCUCAAGGGACCCGGUCGUGAGCGUUACGAUCACUUCCUGAAGAAUGGUUUUCCGCUUUGGAAGGGUACCGGCUACUACUACGAUCGCUUCCGCCCCGGUCUGGGAUCGGUCCUGCUGGGACUCUUCCUGGUCUUUGGUGGCGCGGCCCACUAUGGUGCCUUAUACUUGGGCUGGAAGCGUCAGCGUGAGUUUGUCGACCGGUAUAUUCGUCACGCACGCCGUGCUGCUUGGGGUGACGAGUUGGGUGUGCGCGGAAUUCCCGGGGUGGUCUCUGCCCCCGCUCCGGCUCCUGCCCCGGCUCCUGAGACCCCCGAGGGAGGCGCCAUGGCCAUGAACCGCCGCCAGAAGCGCAUGAUGGACAAGGAGAAUCGCAAGGAGAAGAAGACUGGCCGGGCGAACGGACGUGGCGUUACUAGCUCCGCCCCGGCCUCUGGUACCUCGACCCCGACCGAGCAGCCCACGUCCGUCGGCGAGCGCAAGCGCGUGGUUGCCGAGAAUGGCAAGGUUCUGAUCGUGGACUCAAUUGGUAAUGUCUUCCUCGAGGAACAGAAUGAGGAAGGUGAGAAGCAAGAAUUCCUGCUGGAUAUCGAGGAGAUUCAACGUCCCUCUGUGCGGGACACCAUCGUGUGCAAGCUGCCCGUUUGGGCCUACAACAAGGUCGUUGGUCGCCUGUUUGGCUCUACAGAGACUCUCGAGGAAGAGGAGGAAGUGUCUGCUGCCGAGGCAAUUGUCGAGGAUACUGCCGAGACCACUGCGAAGACCAAGUCAUCUGCACGUCGUCGCGGUAAGCGCAAUCAGCGGUCAUAA